AUGGACGCGGACGACAGUGAAAGCGCACAACCGACCCAGUAUGGAGAGGAGCCGACAUUAUCACCUCGAGCGCAGUCAUCCCCGCCCACCCCGGUGCCGCCCCCAACGAUACAACCGACGGAGCGAUAUGGCUGGCGGGUUACACCGAUACAGGAGCCAAAUACAGGAGCAGCGUUCAUGUUUCAAGAGCUCGCUCGAAUACAACUAAUGCCGCUAUUAGUCGUUCAGAUCGACUGUUGGGACCCGGAGACGCAACAGUUCAUUGUGCCACCGCCCGAAGAGCUGGCUACGCUGGUUGUGAUGGUCUCCGUGCAGACGAUAGAUGGAGAGGACGCCUCUCUAGUCAGGCUCCGAGAGGAUGAUACCGUCGCGCACAGCACCCUGUACGGUGGAAGGGUGCAGAUGACCCAUCUCCUGCCCUCCGUGAACGAUCCAAAUCUGACAGGCUGUUACGCAUUCUUUCCCGACCUUUCCAUCCGCGUGCCCGGAGAGUUCAGACUGCGUUUCUGGCUUCAAAGGGUUUCAAUGGAUCCGGACCAUCAGCAGCCGUCGGUGGGCUCUUACUUGGAUGUCUAUCACACCGGAGGCUUCCGCGUCGUACCACUUCACCAGUUUGUCGCGCCUCCUAGGAUCAAACUAACCUCAGCAGCAACAACAGAAUUGACUACACACUUCGCCAGCUUGGGAAUUGAUCUUCACUUGCAAGACGCAAACUGGGACCUGGACCACGCCUGA